GUCCGUGCAAACUCAUUGCAUUGAAUAUAUAAGAGCCAUUUUCUACAUACUAGAAUGCCCGGUCAUUCUAUUUUUAAAUCACCUUCCAAAGGGGCAUUCUAUUAGGGGGUAUUCUAAUGGAGGAGGGCAUUCUAUUGGAGAAGGGCAUUCUAUUUUUCAAUGAUCCUCCAGAGAGGCAUUCUAUUGGGGGGGGGGCAUUGCAUUAGAGGAAAUACUGUAUUAAUUCAUAAAUAUUUUUUAGUUGGCGAAACCUGCCGAAAUAUAAUUUGGAAUUGUCUUGUUGAAGAUACUGCUUUAUUUCUUCGCCACUUUUUUGAAAAAUUUACAAAUCGAGACAAACAAAAACAAAUGCUUGCCCUUCUUCGCCGGCUCGUUCUUCGUUUUCGCCCUUUACCCCCACAAACUGCACAUACAAUUUUAAAUGCUUUAUUGGGACUUGUAAUGUUUUAUGUAAGAACGCCGGGAGGAGGUAGUGGAGGAAAUGAAGGAGGGGAAAUUGGAGGAAGUGAUCGUUCUUUGGCUUUAGCUUUGUCUGUUUGUUGGUUAAUUGUUCCUUAUGUUCAUGGUCUUUAUUUCAAAGACUUGAAACAAACCUUAAAAAAAGAACAAUGUGAUCAGGCUAUUAUGAUUACUGCUAAUUUACCUAGCGCUAAAAAGGUGUUAGUUCAUGGCCUUCCUUCGGACCAAUUACAAAGUGCCGGUUAUAGUGGAAUUCCAGCACAAUUUCCAGUACUCGAAGAAACACAAUUUCAGCAUUUAAUUAACGAAUCUCUCAACUUUUUUGGUAUUGAAGAAAAUGUUUUAAACAAACAACAGCAAUAUUAUCUUUACGAUCCAAAAACUUUUAUUUUACAUAAUCCAAAUUCUUAUGUUCGAGAUUUUUAUUUCUUUCAUCGUUCAUUUUAUCCUCAAUUACAACUUUUACGUCUUGAUGCAGAAACAGCAGAACAAAGAAUUCGAGAACAUUCAUUUCAUCAAAAACUUAUUGAAACUGGAAAAGUACUUCUUACGCAUAAUGCUCUCCGUCAUUCACCCGAAUCAGUUGUUCCCCAAAGAAUAUUCUUUCUUCAUGACGAAUUUACUCAUUUACCAUCAUUCCCUCGCAAAGCUGUAGAAUCGUGCUUUGGAAUGUAUCAAGGUCUUUGGGGUGAUGAAUUACAAACAAUGGAUGCUUUACAUAAAUUCUCUUGGGCAAAUUUAAUGUCAAAUAUGUUUGAAAAAAUGGAGAAUGUUUUUAUGUUUGGUGAUUUACAUUUAUUUAUAAAUAUAAUUCAUUGUGAAGACGUUUUAAUUCUUCGUCGUUGUAUGACAGCUUAUUUAACAAUGAGUAUUCACUUUCAAUCUCUUUUUGCUAUUCAAGGAUUUUUCUUAAUUAUGCCUACAAUACUACGUUGUUAUUGGUGGGUAUUUUAA